AUGGUCGAGACAACAGAGAAGGCACCUUAUGUGGAUGAGGUUGAGGUCGGUCGGAAAGCAGAGACAGACCUGGGUGUCCGCGAUUCCUUGCGAUACUACCGCCCAGCCGUAAUCUGGUCCGUCCUCAUCUCCCUCACUACCGUCAUGGAGUCCUAUGACAUGCAGAUUGUCCACUCAUUCUACGCCUUUCCGCAAUCCAAGGAGAAGUAUGGAGUGCAGCUCGACGAUGGAGAGUACAGCAUCCCAGCCAAGUGGCAGUUGGCUUUGAAUUGCGCCAGUCUUUUGGGGUUGAUGUCUGGCACUUUCCUCAACGGCUGGGCGUCGGAGAUGUUCGGCGCCAGGAGAGUGAUUAUGGUUUCUCUUGUUGCAUUGACCGGCUUCGUGACCAUUACCUUUCUGUCGCCGUCCGUUGAGGUCCUGUUUGUUGGUGAACUGCUUUGUUCAAUUCCCUGGGGCUUUUUCGCCGCUGCCACUCCUUCGUAUGCGUCCGAAAUUUGUCCCCUCGUGCUUCGAGGAUACCUCACAACGUUUGUAAAUUUGUGCUGGGUGAUGGGGCGACUUAUAUCGACCGGUGUUUUAACCGGCACCCUGAGCAUUCCCUCGCAAUGGUCUUAUCGACUCCCUUUCGCACUGCAGUGGGCGUUUCCGCUCCCUCUGUUCGUUGUCGCAUGGUUCGCACCAGAGUCGCCAUGGUGGUUGAUACGCAAAGGCCGCGUCGAAGAAGCUGAAGCAUCUUUGAAGCGUACCAUCUCCGCCCCAGACGGGCUUAUCGACACCAAGCCGAUCAUUGCUAUGAUCCAAAACACUAUUCAAGUCGAGCGCGAUAUGCAGAUCGGCAGUUCUUACCGCGAGUGUUUCCGUGGGAACAAUUGCCGGCGGUCGGAAAUCUCCAUCGUCAGCUGGGGAUGUCAACUGAUGCCGGGCUGGGCCAUUCAGAACUACAUCACUUACUUCUUCACCCUUGCUGGUCUAUCGUCUGACAACUCGUUCAAGAUCACUCUCGGGACGAUCUCGCUCUCUUUCAUUAGCACCUGCCUGUCGUGGAUCUUUCAAACCCAUAUCGGCCGGCGCACCAUCUACAUCACCGGCCUUGUUGCGAUGCUGCCGUUGAUGCUUGCCGUUGCCUUGCUGGGCGUAGCCCCCCAGUCUUCGGGUGUCCAGUGGGCCCAGUGUGCCCUGCUGAUGAUCUGGUUCUUCUGCUAUGGAUGCACAAUCGGACCAAUUCCAUACGCAAUUGCAGCAGAAAUCGGAGCAAGUAAUCUUCGCAACAAAACGAUCGCGCUUGGCAGAGGGACGUACUAUAUUCUCUCCGUCCUUAACUCAGUGGUGUCACCGUACAUGCUAAAUCCCGCCGAGGGAGACUUAAAAGGUAAGGCCGCUUUUCCAGCUGCUACAUUCACAGUCUUUCUUUUGGCCUAG